AUGAAGUUUCUCAGCGCUGCUACAAACGCAGCACUAGCCGGUCUUUUACUGCUGAUGCCUGCGGUGAAUGGAAAAUUCUAUUAUGAAUGUAAAAGUGGCAAAAAUUAUGCCAUGUCAGUGAUUGAGGUUGCCGCAAGAUCUGCAACUAUCGAGCUAACGCAUUCAAUCGAACCUACGGUCCCCCAAUAUACGAAUUGCAAGUCAUUUAAAUUCUACAAUUAUGCAACCGACAUUGGUAUGAAGUGGUACUUGGUUCAAGAUAUUAUGGAUCCACCAUCCUACAGAUUCUACGAAUUACAUGACACAACGUGGGAACCGUGUGUUUACCGAAUUUAA